AUGGUUUCAGUCAAGGCUCUCGCUAUCCUCUUAUUCUUUGUUAUUGCAGUUGAUGCCGCAGGGGUUAUUGGCAAAGCUGAAGGUUUCGUUGCUGCAGCUAUUGGUGGUGGAAUUGCUGCUGUUGUAUCUCCAAAAGAUCUCAACGAACUUGUCAACUGGCUCUCCGAUGGUGUUGUCCGUACUAUUGUUCUUGACAAAACCUGGGAUUUCACAGGUAGUAUGAAAUCAAAAACCGAAAAGGGUUGCAUACCCCUGUCCAACACAUGCACCAAUGGUGCUGGUCAGGAUUUAGUCGAUAUCAAUGGCUGGUGUGAACAGGCUGCAAAUGCCAAUCAAGCUCUUGCCAAGCCAACUAUUAUUUAUGAUGUCGCCGGUAUUCCUCCAAAUGCUAUCAAGCUCGGUUCUAACAAAUCCAUUGUUGGAGUUGGAUCUGCUGGAAAGAUUAAGGGUAGAGGUUUCUACAUUGCAGGUGCUAAGAAUAUCAUUAUCCAGAACGUUGAGUUUGUUGAGAUGAACCCCAAGUAUAUUUGGGGUGGAGAUGCUAUCUCCGUUGAUGGCACAGAUCUUUUGUGGAUCGAUCACGUCAAGAUCUCCAGAAUUGGUCGUCAAUUCAUUACUAUGGGUCCAGGUGCUUCCAACCGUGUCUCCAUUACCAACUCUGAGUUCGAUGGUUUUACUCUUUGGUCUGCUAAGUGCAACAAUCACCAUUACUGGACAUUGUACUUCACUGGAUCCCAAGAUUCUGUUACUUUCAAAGGCAACUAUAUCCACAAUACAAGUGGUCGUGGACCCAAGGUUGGAGGUUUGCAUUCAUCAGUCAAGUUAAAUGUCUUUCUUUAAGCUGCUAAUAACUAUUGGUUAGAUAUUGCAGGAAAUGUAUUUCAAAUUGGUGAAGGAGCAAAAGUACUUGCUGAGGGCAAUAUUUUCGAGAAAGCAAAUACAUUUGUUAUUUUCGAUAUUCUUAGCAACCCUUUUUGGUCUUCAAGCAGUGGUGUUGUAGGAUGUGCUUCGGCCUUUGGUUGUAACUGUCAAGCUAAUAGCCUUGUGUCAUCUGGAUCUUUUGCUGGUUCAAACAUUGAUGUUUUGAUAGCUGCUAAGGGAAUGUUUCUUGCUUCUGUUGCUGAUGUUGGAACUACUAAGGCUAAUGUUCUUAAGAAUGCUGGUGUUGGAAAGAUUUAA